AUGGCUGAGCCAAAUCCUGCCCCGCACAGCGAGCGCGACCCCGCGGCGGCAACCGACGCGAACGAAACACGCGACGAAGAGAACGACGACCACAAGCCACGCGACAGCAACGGCUGGGACGGCAAGUUGCGGAUAGACAAGAUGAGCAUUGCCGACGAACCACGCGACCCCCAUGCGCAGGUCGUGAGCGACCCAGAAGUAUCAGACGACGAGGGCCCGCCUCCCGAGCAGCUGGCUGCAGACGAGGAUUUGCUCGACGACACACCGGAAGAUGAGGACGACAUAGAGAUUGUGCACUCCAAAGUCUCGGACAUGUCAGCGUUACGGUUGGAGAGGUUCAAGCAGAUGAAGCGUCUCUGCCUGCGCCAAAACCGCAUAGAAAGCAUCGCGAUACCCGACGAAGUCGCGCCGACCCUCACAGAAGUCGAUCUCUACGACAAUCUCAUAGCCCACAUCAAAGGUCUCGAUGCCUUCACCGAACUCACCUCACUUGACCUCUCCUUCAACAAGAUCAAGCACAUCAAACGGCUGAACCACAUGACAAAGCUCAAGGAUCUGUACUUUGUACAGAACAAGAUCAGCAAGAUAGAAAACCUCGACGGGCUUUCCAACCUGCGGCAGAUCGAGCUCGGCGCGAACAGGGUACGCGAGAUUGAAGGACUGGAAACGCUGACGGGCUUGGAAGAGCUAUGGUUGGGCAAGAACAAGAUCACCGAGAUCAAAGGCCUCGACACCCUCACCAAUCUCAAGAUUCUCAGCAUUCAGUCGAAUCGCCUGCGCUCGAUAACGGGUCUGGAAAAGCUCGUCAACCUCGAAGAACUGCACAUCUCGCACAACCUCCUCACAGAACUGUCAGGUCUAGAGAACAACGUCAACCUAAACGUUAUCGACAUCAGCGCGAACCCGAUCGAACAUCUAUCGGGACUGAAUGGUCUCAAGCACCUCACCGAGUUCUGGGCAAGCAACUGCAAGCUGAGCGACUUUGGAGAGGUCGAGAAGGAGUUGAGAGACAAGGAAGAGCUGGAGACGGUCUACUUCGAGGGCAACCCUCUUCAACGGGCACAACCGGCGCUAUACAGGAACAAGAUUCGGUUAGCGUUACCCCAGGUUGUACAGAUCGAUGCCAGUAAGUUCAAACCCCUCAACAUCUCAGAACAGACGUUAACCUUGUACCAGCAUUCGUGA